CGUAGGCGUCCAAAAAGGUCUUUUAGUCAUAUAUAACCACCGUUACAACAUGUCACGUGGUAUAUAUAAACUUCCAUAGAAUGCGUCGUCUGUCCCAGACGUCGCUAUACCGCCGGAGGUAAAGGAAGCCGAGGGGUCUCUCUCUCUCUCGCUCGCUGCCAUCCACAGAGAACGUGAGCUUCCUCCCAUCGGAAAAGGAUAAAGAUAACGAUUCCUUUAGCGUAAGGAAGGAAGGACUGAGAUACUUAAGUAUAAAAGAUAGUCUCAGUAAAAAUCGAAUUCCGCAGACAAAUAUUUUUUUAUUUUGAGAAACGAGCGCUAGAAGGAACCAUGAAAAGUGUUUUAGCUUUGAUGUGGAUGACGCUGGGUCUGACUAUGGCAUACACAAGAAUUAUUCAGGAGCGUGCUAUCAGCGACGAGGGACCAGCUUCCAACACAGUCUCUGAACUGUGCGACGCCCAGACGCCAUGUGGAUGGGAGAUAUACGGAGGGUUGAGGAAUCACGUCUAUUACUUGAAAAACGAAUGCCAGUGCCCCCAGAACACCCGCUGCGUGAGGGUCGACGAAGACAUCCUACAAGAGGCCUACAUAUACCAGUGUCGGAGAGUCGCUUUCAACGACUUCUUCUGAAGAAGUCGUGUGUGCGACCUUCGCGUUCAGCUGCUGACGAGAAGGAUUCCCAUUUCCUUUUCUUUUACCCCUAACCCCCUUCUUUUGAGAAUGCGUAUAAACCUAGUCCUAGUAGACAGGGUUCUGCCGGAAUUUUGCGAGGAACCAGGGGAAACGUUCAUCUGACACCAUCCCUUUUAUCAAACGAUGCAAUUCUUCCGGAGAUUAAUUUGAAAGGAAUUUUUUUUUAACGUGGAGAAAAACUCAAAAACAACCCGCUACCCUGGCCCACCGACUUAAAAUAUACAAGUAAAAUCAAUGAAUAAAUAUAUAUAGCUAACUCAUAUCCACGUAUGGCUGUUAAGAGUUGACAAUGUAGAACACGAUUAGGAUCAAUAAACUAGCAAGGCCGUUGCUGACAUGCGCUACAGCAGCGGAUAAAUCUGACAAGAAAUGUGCAAGCUCUUAAGAAUAUUUCACCCGAAUUGGAAAACAUCCGUCAAUAUCACAUGUUGACUUGUAUGUUACAAAGCAACAUUUCAGGAUGGUUCAGUACUGUUAUUAUUUCCCGUUAACAUUCUUUAAACUUUUUUUUCACCAACCUUCAUUGUUGUUACUUUCCUGGGAUAUCUUUGUUUAUAAAUAGAGUUCUUAUGGAAAAGUGUCAUAUAAUUUCUAAUACAUUAUUAAGCACCUCCAUAGACAAUGGAGAGGAUCUGAUAUUGACAAUAAUUAACAAUUAAGCGGGCUGGUGUCAGAAAGAGCGUCCAGGCAACAGUAACUAAAUAUGGCACUGUCUCACUAAAUAUAAUUUUGGUACCAAAAAUGAACUAACAUCAAAUCACAACGUGUUUGUCCGAAGGCUUAUUUUAAAAACCAGGGGCUUUGUAAAUUCCCGGAUACUUCAUUCAAAUUCCUCAAUCAUUGAAAAUCAUCUGCUCCAAAGAAUAAUAAAACUUGAGACUAUAACAAGUACUUAAGUGUGUAUUGGGAUAUGUAGGCUUAUGAAUA